AUGAUAACGGAAGAUUCUUCAUCCUCUUGUGAAGAUGAUGCUUUAAUUGACGACAGAAAGAACAGUUUCAUUAGGGACGAAGAUAUUUCAUAUCAGCCAAUAAUUAGACCACUUUCAGAUACAAUAGGCGAUGAUUAUAAAAUUUUGGACCUUAUUGAAUCAACAAAUGAGUAUAAAUCGUAUUUUGGAAUCCACCAGAGACAAAAAUUCUUCGUUUUGAUCAAAUUCUAUUAUAAAUCACCAACAUUAUUAAGGAAAGCGAACAUUGAGACAGAAGCAUUAACAAUUACUAACACAAUUGACCUAACUCAUCAAUAUUUUGUUAAAUAUAUCGGAAGAUACGAAUAUAAUCUCUGUCCAAUUUUAAUAUUUCAAGCUCUUGGCCCAACAUUAACAAAACAAAUGGAAUUCUUCAACGGACUUACAUUUUCAUUGAGCACAAUCCGCGUAUUUAUGUGGCAUCUUAUUCAUGCGCUUGAAUUACUUCAUGAAUGCAAAUUAAUUUGCGGCAACCUAUCAACAGAUACAGUAUCCUUACUAGAAGAUUACGUUGAUCAAAAAGGAUAUGUCAUGAAGACAGGAGAACGAAGUGUUCAAUUAAGAAUAAAUUCUCUAUCAUGUGCAUCAAAUGGCAACAUAUGGCAUGUCACUUCAUUAACUCCAGAACGUAUACAGUCUCCUGAGCAGCUUCUUUCAACGAGAUGGAGUUAUGAAAUUGAUAUCUGGCAACUUGGCAUUCUUUUCGUUGAAUUAAUAACUGGAAGAAAACUUUUUACUCAUAAUAACAGAUUAUUACAUUACGCAUUGAUCGAAAAGCUCGGUGGCCAAUUUCCUCUGUUUUUACUCGAUGAAAGUCAGAAAUCGGAAAUUCCGAUCUUUAGAGAUGGAAAAUGUGACAUUUCAAUGCUCGAUGAUGAAUGCAGAAAGAUCUACAACUCAUUUCCAACCCUUGAAAAUUUAAUUCAUAAUGAUAAAGCUCUCAGUUUUGCACAAGCCACUCUUUGCACAGAUCCAUCAAGAAGAUUGUUGCCUCUUCAAUUAAUUAACCAUCCAUUUAUUAUAGAUUUGAAUUAA